AAUCUUCAAAAAAGCUUCAUCAUUUUUUUAAUUUUUUUUAUUUUAUUAUUUGACUGCUUAAAUAUGUGUUGUUCUGGUUAGUGAAGGCUGCUGUAAAAGUGCCUUUCAAGUAUCUGGGGCUGAGGUUAGAUUAUCUGCCCCUUCACCCUCUGCAAACCAGAUUUUUUUUUAAGGAUAGACAGUGUGUAGACACUUGCUAAUUGUUCACUUAUUUAAAAUGAAAUUAUGCACAGAUUUAUGGUAGAUUUCAAACUUUAUGCAGCAGCAAUUUAAUUUUGCCAUUUAUUUUUUACCUUUUUAACUAUGUUACAUAUUACAUACAAACGUGAUAUCUAUGUUGUGGACAACUUUUAAAUCCACAACGAAGGAAAGGUUUUGUGUAAUGGGUUAAUGACUCCAAGGGAUUCUAAUCGGAACCCUUUGAUGUUCCACAGUUGAUAUGGAUCUUUGUUUAACUCAGAAUUCCACUUCAAGUUUUGCAACCUUAUAUUUGUGAGAAUUUCAGUUUUAGAGUUGAUAAACCUGGAUUACCGUGCAUUAGGUAGAUAUUACAGCCAGCAGAUAUGUCCUCCAGUGCAAACAUAUCAUACCACUACUAUGUUAUUAGACGGUUAAUAGAAUAAUUUAUAAAAUACUGUGUACGGUAGUAUUACCCACGAAUAAACAAAUAUAAACUUGCACACUGUCUUUUUGUUAAAUGCAUACCAAGUGUACCCUACUAGUUCAGCACAUUAUUGUACAUUAGUAAUAUUAGGAGUUAUAGUAACGAAUUUAUCUGUUCCCAACUUAUGACCACGAUAGAUUUGUGUUUCAUGGCCAUGGCAACGCAUUGUUGUGAACCAUAGAAACCAGUGUCUAAACAACAACCAAGUGCAUAGCACCAUAGAGACACAUCAGACUGCGGAUCGUGAAGUGCACAAACGGGAAAUAAAACUGGAAAGCACAUGCCCAUUUAACUAGUAUUGCACGUUGCCGAGUGAGACGAUGCCUGUAAUCUACCCCUUGCUCCAGUCCCAAGGUUUUCCCACCUUGUUUGGAGACAUCAGGGAUAAGAACGUUACUUUCGUUGUAGACACCUCAGAAAGCAUGUACGCUCAUUUCGACACAGUAAAACACCACCUAAUUGAGACACUGCUGGCUAAAGCAUACUGCAGUGACUCAUUGUUCAACAUUGUGGAAUUUUCAUACAAGGUCAAUAAGUGGUGUGACCGCAUGGUGACAUGCUCCCCAGACACGGUUUAUGGUGCAAUGGGUUGGAUUCGCUCCCUCGAGGUUAAGCCUGGGAGAGACUUGCUGAAUGCACUGAGAGCUGCCUUUGAUGACCCAGCCUGUCAAGCUGUUUACCUGGUAACGAACGGACUGCCAGAAAACAACCGGGAGGAAGUUUUGCAGGUGGUGUCUUGUGAGUCUCAAGGACGGCCUGUGCAUAUUUUCUUUCUGUCUGAGAAGUGGAUCGAAUGUGAUGUGCAAGAGUUUCUGCAGCAGUUAGCUCGGUGCUCCAGAGGGAGCUGUCAUCUCAUUGGUUUCAGCACUGGGGAUGUUAAACAGGUGAUUCCUGUUUACCCUGGUGAUUGUUUAAGUACAGGACCUUUCUACUCUGAUUUAAAAUACUGCAGCGUCCAGACAGCCUUGGACAGACCCUCAUCCAUAGAUCUACCCUAUUGUUACCCAGUCAGGGUGCAGACACCCUGGUGCACAGCUGCUAUACUACCUGCAAGAUGCGCCUUGACCAGUUGUGUUCCUGCGUGUCCCAUCAGUACUUGUGAGAGUGCUGAUAUACUGGAGAGCUCCCAGGGCUUGAGUCAAUUAAUGAUAGGCACCCGCGUUCUAGCAAGAAGAGAGCCAGAUGGAUAUUACUACCUUGGUACCAUAAAACAAGAAGUAGAGGGAAGAAGAGGAGUAUUUUUGAUUGAUUUUGUCAAGCCAGCUCUCAUGGGUGGGAAGUAUCAGGUCUCCGUGCAAAAAACAACCAUUGUAGACAUCAUUCAAUACACUGAGGCUCACAGACACAGUAUCGUCCCAGGGGAUAAAGUCCUGGCACCGUGGGAAACUGAUCUGACGAGAUACGGACCAGGGAGUGUCGUUUCUGGGAUUGAGACGAGAGAUCCCUUGAGAGCCAGUGAAAAUGAAGAGAUCAGUGUACGAUUCUGGAAUGGAAAAGAAGCUAAAGUGCCCAAAGGGGUGGCGUUCUGGAUCCCAUCUUCUUUAUAUGAGAGGACAGUGCGGGAGCUUCAUGAGCCCCUGAGUGCGAGAGAAAACAUACUGCGAAAGGAAAUAGUCGAUCCUGAAAUACACACUUACAGACCCAGAGUAGUCCCCAUGGCCCCAUGUUAUCAGGACUCAUUUUGUAGGUGCCACGGGCAAUGUUACCUGUCAAGUCCUUACAGACACUGUAGAGGCACAUACUGUGUGCCAGCCCGCCCUGUACAUAACUGUGAUCAGCACAGGUACCACAACUGGUGGCUUCUAACCCCAAGACCCGCAGUUUAUGCGAGGGAUCCUAACCAUGAAGAACUGGACAGGAAGGUCACCACACAGCUUGAGGAGCUGGAGGUUUCCAAGAAGGCUGUUCCUGCAUCUUUGUCUUCAUCUGAAGAAGAGUCGGACUCUGACCAAGAGACUUCCAAACCUACAGUGACAAACAGGGCAGUCAACACAGAUUCCAGUCUCUUUGAGAAGCCGAGAUCCCCAUCUCCAGACAGGCCCGAUUGGAAGUACUGGAAGAGAAGCCACGCUGAGCCACAUCACAAGAAACCAGCAAGCUGUGUGUCCAGCGCUGUGAUGAGCAGCUGCAGCUCAGGAAAAGCUCUCUCUCCAGAGCUUUGGCCAGCCGGACCAACCAAUAACAGUGCGAUGUUUAACUCAGUCGAACACACUCCAGAGCGGAGGACUACCAUGAAGGAAGUUUUAACACAGAGUGGCUUCAAACCUUCUUUCGGGCCGCAGGGUCCACCUGUUGAGCGCCGCUUGGGGGCGACUCAGGUGCCCCGUGAUCACAAACACCAAGAGGUACUGGAACACAAAAGAGAGAACAAAGUCCACCACCAUCACAGGGAGAUGAAGAGGGAAUUGGAAGCUGAAGACAAGUACAACAACACCCAUGACCAGCAUAAAAAAAUCACCCUUCGACAUUUGUGUAACGAAACCCAAAAGGUUCAGGAACAAAUCCGUAGGGAGAAGCAAAUAACAAGAGCAAAGCAACUUCAAAAGGAGAAUACAGCACGAAGAAUGCAGAGUACUAUUUAUAAUGAGGAAGAAAAGGAGUCCCGGAAACUGGCUUAUAAACAACAGCAAACAGAAAAACAGGAUGCUUGGGAGGCUCAGAAAGUGAAAAACGAUGAAGUCAAGGAAAAACAGCUGCAGGAUUCAAGAAGGAAGCGAGUGGAGGCACAUUAUAAAAAAGAGGCUGAAAAGGUGCAGCAAGCUGAAAAGGAGAGGCUGGAGAGGGAGAGGAGAAUGGUUUACAGGGAGGUUUAAAACCUUCAGUCAGUCUUUCAAUGGAAUAGUUCAGUGGGCAAGCUCUUAUGAAGUGUUAACCCAUACAAGAAAAAAUAACAUCAUUCUAACAUACCAUUAGAGACUGAGCUAUCACACUUUUAACUUAAUUAGCACCAGUUCCUUUUUUACCUCAUUGUUAAGUUUAACUAACUGCAGCACUGUGGAGAAACCCUCUUGUCCAUGUUAGUGUGCUUGUAUUAGAAAUCCCCCUUGUUGUCAGCGCUGGAAAAAUGGUUCCUUGUAGUGGAAUUAUAAUUAAGUCUUCUGAUUUAUCCCGACUUUUCUACUCUCCUAAAUCAAUUUUAAUAUUAACAUGUUUCUCAGUUGUGAUUGAGAUACACGAAUGGCUUAACGGGUAUCAAAUAAAUUCUUAAAGAAGAGUAUAGAAGUCAGGGUAAAAAUACCAAAAAUCUGAAGCCCCAAUUAUAAUCUACAAUUUCAGUGAAGCAGAACAUAUAUUAAAUGGAGUUUAAACUAAAAAAGAAAUAAUGGCCAGCAGGAGAAAAAGGCGCAAUGCAAGUAUACAGACUGCCCUCUAGUGAAAGCAUAUCUGUACUGCAACACAGACAAGGACACUGCAAUUAUUUUUUACUUUCAUUUGAGUGUGUUUACAAUUUUGCUUAUUUUACACAAUAAGGAGGUGCAAUGUCUUCUUGAUAUUUGGAAUUGGCUGCAUUGUGUGCAAUUAAAAUAAAGAAAUAUAAAAAUGCUAAAAGCGGUCAUUAAAAACAUGUGUUUACUCAACACACUACCUCAUCUUUCCAAGUCAUAUUGGGAGUGCUUCUUUUUUGCAUGCAAAUAAUGCAAGAACAGGUAAUAAAAUUGAUAUUUUUAACAACUA